GAGGCGAGGCGAACCGGCGCCUCCCCACCUCCCGAGCGUCGGAAAGGCUAGGUGCAGCAAUGAAGUGGCUGAAGAGUGCCCGCUGUUGGCAAUCGGCGCUGCUCCUUGCAGGCAGAGUCGGGCUCCGGGCAGGGCCGCGCACAGCCUCGGGCAGCCCACGAUACGCCGGCGAGCUGCAAGGCGAGCUGGACAGAUUUGGGGGCGUCUCGGUGCAUCUGGCGCAGCAGCGCGCGCUGCACGGGCUGGACGCUGCUGCCUUCCGGAGGCUCUUGCAGGCUGCCGUACAACAGUGGCAAUCUGAAGGAAGGGUAGCUGCAUGGCUGCACGUCCCCAUCCUGCAAAGCCACUUCAUCGCCUCUGCUGCUUCCCUGGGUUUUCACUUUCACCACGCAGACUCCCACUGCUCAACGCUGACGCUGUGGCUGGGAGAAGGACCCAGCAGACUGCCAGGAUAUGCUACGCACCAAGUGGGGGUUGCAGGUGCUGUAUUUGAUGAUAGCACCGGAAAAGUGCUGGUUGUACAAGAUCGAAAUAAAUUGAAAAAUAUGUGGAAGUUUCCAGGAGGCCUGUCAGAGCCUGGAGAAGAUAUUGGUGACACAGCAGUCCGAGAGGUUUUUGAAGAGACUGGAGUAAAGUCAGAAUUCAGGUCCCUGCUAAGCAUCCGGCAGCAACAUGGGAGCCCUGGAGCCUUUGGGAAGUCGGACAUGUACCUGAUCUGCCGCCUGCAGCCAUGUUCCUUCACUAUCAACUUCUGCCAGCAGGAAUGCUUGAAGUGUGAAUGGAUGGACCUAGAAAAACUAGCCAGGAUUGAAAACACCACCCCCAUCACCAGGAGGGUGGCCAGGUUAUUGCUGUAUGGACACAGGGAAGGGUUUGACAAAAUUGACCUCAGCAUGGAGGAAUUCCCCGCAGUAUACACGGGCCUGUUCUACAAACUCUAUCACAGGGAACUGCCAGAGAGUUACAGAGACACAGCGAGAACAGAUUGAACGCAAACACUGGAGUGAACCAAAGAUGGACGCAGUCUGGGCCUGACCCCGGCACCAGUUCUCUCACAUACAUGAUUUCCGUGAUGGAAAUUUGUAAAUAUACAUACUUUUAAAUCCCCUUCUCAAAUAAAGGAAAUAAAUGAAAAGGAUUGUGGCUCUAGUCAUCCCUGGGUCACAACCAAAGUUCUAUAAAAGGGGGAAGCCUAAUUUUUUCCAAAACUUGUUUUUCUUUACUGAGGUAAUGGUUAAAUGUUUUACUGUUACAUAACGAGUUAUCAAACCAAGUGUCCCAACAUAGUUGUAUACAUUCUUUUCUCUCCUUAACAGUUUCUAAAGUGAAUCAGCUCUUAGCCGACAUUGGGAGAAACAGUAUGGCCUUCUGCCCAGGUCCUGUUUUGGAUCCGAGUUUAUACUGCCCAGUCCGCUUCAGUGCCACAUACCAACUGGAGUAUUUCCGGGACCGGUAAGUGUUGUAGUUAUUAGAUUCCAGUCGUUCAAAAAAGAAACACUCUUCUGUAACACACUUCUGGAAAAGAAAGGAAAUGUUGUUUUUAUGAUUCUUGUGUCCAACACCCGUGAGAGGACAGCAAGAUAACCAAAUGAGAAAGUCUAUAGGUCAAAAUGUGACAAGACAGUGGCCCAGCCCCUCCUGGACGCAGUAGCCCAGGGACCAUCCCAGCCCUGUGACCAGCCAGCAGGGUAGGCAGCAUCCCACACGCAGGUAAAGGACCAUACUAGCCUAGACUCAGAGCUUCACAGCCUAACCAUUCAGGGACCCCCCAGGAAGGCCACAUGCUGUACUGAGCCAUACCAGGAGGGCCACGUGCUAUACUGAAAACCAUAUAGAGGGAAGUUCCUCCAGCACCCCCUUUAUCCCUGAGACAACUUUACAGUUAGACAUUUUCACUUUUACAUUUCUCAUGGGUUUCAAGGGAAAGUGUCAAAAAGGUAACUUAGAGUACUCUUCCCACAAAGAAUUGGGGGAAGAAUAAGUUACCUGAAAUUAUAAGUGUUGGCUACUGGCUGAAGUUGCUUAUAGUUUGCCCUGUAGAAGACAUCUAAGGUUGCCUGCCAGCUGUUGCCUAUGGGCUUGAACCACCAGCAUGCUGCAUGACAGGUUUGGAGUUUUCUUAUGCAGACAGAGAAGGUUACAGAUGCUCAGUAAAGACA